AUGCCACUUCUUGGAAUCAAGAAGAUGCUUGAUCAUUUUCUUGAAUUUUUAUUUGCCACCAUUUAAUGGAGAUGGAAGAAAUGAAUUCAUUGUUAGAGAUCGGGCACACUUCUGUACAAUGGUGGGUAAUAGUUAGAAUGGAUCCAUCUGAGGGUUAGUAAUCCUAGUAAGUAAACUUGGCCUAAAAAUAAAAUAAAAUUUAAGCUUCAUGAAUGAAGAAAGUUGUUGGCCCUUAUUAAAUGUGACUUACUCAAGAGAAGUAAGAGGUUAGGAGUGUCAAGUGAGGGUUAAGUCAAAGGUAAUUGAGUAAAUGGCUAGGAGGGAAGAAGGGGGAUUAUUAAGGCAUAAGAUGAGAGGAGGAAGGAAGAAUGAUUGUUUUGUUGUGGACAGUGGCUUUAGAUAUAUAUAUAUAUAACUCACUCUAAUAGUUUACACACUAAGUCUUCAGCUAUAGGGUUUGUCAUAUAAAAUGUAGCUAGUAUAUUCUCACCUUCUUUAUGAUAGUUAUCUUCUCUUUUCUAUCUAGUUGUGCUCUAGGAUCUUAUCAAUUGGUAUUAGAGUCGAUUCAAUGUCAUGAAAACUCAAUGAUAGGAGGAUAGAGAUAUUGGAGAAGGAAGUAGAGGAGAUUAGAAAGUAGAUGUUGUGACAAUUAGAGAUGGAGAUUCAUCCAUAGAGGCUGGUAGAAAUAUAAAAAAAUAUAGAAGUUUUGACAUAAAGCAUUGCACAUAUCAUGCAUGCAAUAGAUGAGUUACAACAUUCAAAUAAAUCAACAUGAUAAUUGUAAGCUAAAAGGAAGAAUGAAUAGGUGAAAAAAGAAGCGAGCAUGAUAAUGAAAAGGUACUAAUAGGAAGUGGGCCUCAACUAUAAAAAAGAAAUCAUAGAGUGAUGUAGUCCGAGACACAAGUUGAAGUCUUAACUUUGAAUUUGGGCCCACUUAUCUUAAAUUUGGGUCAGAAAGUAAAAAGUAUUAAAAAGGGAGCUCACAUAUGUCACUAGUGGUUUGGAGGUCCAAAAAAUAAUGUCACUAGUAAGAAGAUACUUUAUGUCUCUUUCCUUCUAGAAGAGACUUUAAUGUGAUUUAAUUUGUACCUAAGAUUUAUUCAGGAUCUCUAAUUGUUAGAGUAUGUAUCUAAGAUCUGCUCAAGAUCCUUGACUAUGAGAGUCUGUACUUAAGAUCUGUUCAGUACAUUUACUUAUCAUAGUCUAUUUUAGGUCAUUUCAGAGUUAGUAAGAGUAUUUUCAAAAGAUCUAUCUAAAAUAUUAGUCUGUUAAAGUGUCUUUUUAAGUCAUUUCAGAGUUAGUCAAACUUUGUCGCUAGGAUAUGUCAUGAUUUUCUUUUUAGGAGCGUUCUAGCUCUUUUUUAGGCCUAUAUAAAGACACUUGUUGUAACUUGAGGUCUUCACUUUUUAAUUAAAUCAGUUUUCUUUACUAUAAGAAUCUUUUCCUCUUGCUUAUGGAUUCAAGGGUUAAAGACUUUAAAUAUGUGGAUUUAGAGGUUUGUUUUUUCUUCAAGAUUAAAGCUUUGUGUAUUCAAGCCUAGAUCUUGUUUAUCUUCUGCAUUAUUGUUGUGUCAAUUGGUAUCAAAGCAAGUCAAUAUUCUAAUCAAGGUCCAAAGAUGUCACGAGGUAAAUCUACUCAUAUUGGUGAUGAUAAUUCACCUAAAGUUUUCUGUCUCAAAAUCAAAUUUUAUAGUAUUUCAACAUUGAAUAGAUUAAAAAUUUGAUGAUACUAGUGAAACCUUGAAAUAACUUUUGGCAAGAAUAAAUAAAUUAGAAAGUCAUUUAUGUCUUUCUCUAGAUCAUGAAAUCAGAUGUCCUAAAAAAGUCAUUUAUGUCGGAUCUUCAUCAAAUACUCAUUGUACUUCUAAUUUUACAAGUUAUAAAUUAAGAUUUGAUGAAGAUAAUUUUCAAGAUUUUUGUACAACGAUUAACUUAUCAUGUUUUAAUGGCCAUUUGAAGAUUGAAGAGUUAUUAGAUUGGUUAGUUGAACUAAUUAUUUUUUUUGAGGAUAUGAAAAUUUCUAAUGAAAAAUAAAUAAAGUUAUUUGUUUAUAAACUAAAGGGUGGAGUCUCUACUUGGUAGGAUCAAUUAUAAACCACAUGUAUGAAGUUAGGCAAAGAACUUGUACAAUCAUAAAAUAAAAUGAAGAAACCAUUGAAAUUUUAUUUUCUUCUCUCAAAUUAUAAACAAGUGUUAUAUCAAUGGUAUCAAAACUAUGAUGUGACUUAUCAUUGCAUAGUAAAUCACGUAAACUUAAAAUUUAUAACACUAGAAAAUAUCAAAUUUUAGAUAUUUAAAAGUAUUUCUAAAAAGCUAAAUCAAUUAUAAUUCAAUGAAAGUCUCCAAAAAUAGUGGUAAUUUUCCAAGUCGAUCACAAGGAUAUAAAAUAAUAUCUAAAAAUAUUUAGAAUUUUUCACAAAUAAUAUAAUUUUUUAUAAAUUUUAGACUAAGAAAUGAAAAUAAAAUAUAUUUAAAAUUCACAAAAGAGGAAAAAAAAGGGGUGCGGAUGUCAAGAUGAUGUCAGCACCCGACGAAAGUAAAUCGAGUAAAAACAGAGUUCCACCCGACAAUUCUUACGUAAGUGAUUAUAAAUAAUUUAAUUGAUUAAAUUAAGAUUUUUAAAAACAAAAGAAUCGUGAUUGAAUGAAAAAUAAUUUGAUAAAUUUAAAUCAUACAAAUCAUCACUAAAUGAAGUGAAAAUUAAGUUGAAAGCUGGAAAGAUAGUAUUUCGGCCUCGUGACAGCAAUCGUUAGAAUUUUAUGUGUUCAAGAGGGUCAUUGAACGAUGUCCACGGUAUCAAAGGCUUUCCUUGGACAUAGACGACAUGGGUAUUUGUUGAAUGUCUUUUUGAAGUCUAGAAAAUGAUGAUAGAAGUUAAACUAAUUAAAAAAAAUACUAAAAUAAAAUUCCAGAAUCGCGACGACGAUGCUUUGGCGAUGCAUUGGAAUCCUAAAUCUUAUAGUAUCUAUGGCCUCGAAGGCUCUCCUUAGACAAAGACGACAUGGACAAUCUCUAAAUCUUCUUGUGAAGUCUAGAGAUUAAUGAAAUGAGUCGUCGAAUCAUCUCUGACAGCUGUCACCCAUUAGAACGGAAAGACAACAACUUUGUAGCUCUCUGGUGACUGUCACUUGAUAGAGAGGAGCUGGAUAGAGGUGAGGUGCUUCAUCCUUAGGUCCACACAACAAGUGGAGGCUCUUUAUUGCAUCUAAUACGCUUUCAGGAGGUUGUGGCUCAUCUCUCGAUAGAUUGUCUUCUUCCCGAGAUAGCUUGUUCGUCGAUCAAUCAGACAUGAUUUAGUCGAUGAAUUCAUGAUCUUUUUAUCGUAAAUUGUUCAAUAAUUUUAGUAACAAGACUCUGUGAAUCGCAUUGACGAGAUUUUCGCCAACGAUCGAGCAAUUCUUGUAACUUAAUCUUUCACCGGCGAUAUGCAGGAAAGUCAUGAUUUAAUCAAAUAAAAAUAUGAGUUUUGACUCUAAUAGGAUUUGAACCUACACCAGUCACCAACUUGCAUGAGAGGGAGGGAAAUAAGUACGCAAAUACCCUUAUAAAAUGACGUCAUCAUGCCACCUCCUAAAAUAAGAGGUAUUUUAGGUAUUAAAAUCUUCAAAAUCAUUCAAGAGAAGGUGUGACCGUCGAUUUAGUCUCACAUCAAUUAUAUGCCGAUUGUUGAGAUGCAUAUAUGAUAACGUGAGAUUUGGGAAUCAAUGAUUCCCUUUCUUAUGUGUGUACGAUCACUCCUUAUCUCCCAACUGACUAGCCAUUAGUGACGUGGAAGGAGAGUGGUGCACACUUGUCCCCAUCGGUUUAUAGCCACUCGAACCCCUACUCGCAGUUCCACCCUGACUAUGCUUCCGACCUGCUUGCGAGCUCGAUUGGCUAACGGGUCCCCCCUUUUUCUAUUAUUUAUUUAUUUAUCUCAAAAAUAACAUUAUAAAAAUCAUAUAAAUUCGUAUAAGAUCACAUAAUUAGUCAAAAAUCACAUUAACUAACUAAAAAUUACUUUUCACAAAUUAACAUAAAUAUAAGUCUAUUUAUUAUGAGUUAAGACUAAAUUUAUAUUAUUUAUUAAUUAUUAAUUCAUGAUAAUGAAGACUUAUCAAACUACAUAUGAGGAAAUAGAUUAAUUUAUAAAUUAUGUUGAAGAAUGUUAUUAUUUAUCAAGUUAGAAUUCAACUCUUCAACUAGAUAGAAGAAGACCUAAUAUUGUUUCUUUUACAUCACAUUAUUGGCAAUUGAAUUAAAGUUCUAUGAGAUCAUGUUGAACAAAUCCUUCUACCCAAGUCUUUAGUAACAAAAAUUCUUAUACUCUUAAUAUUGUUCCUAAAUGCUACAAGUGUGGAGAAAAUAGAUAGAAAUUAAAUAUAUGUUCUAAACAUGGCACGAGAAACCUUGCAGAUUCUGUUGAAGAAGAAAUAGAAUAUAAAAAAUCAUAAAUUGAAGAUGAGAUAGAAGAAAAUUUUAUUGAAUUAGAUUCACAACACCAUAACACCUUCAGAAUAAGGUGCACUGUGAAUUCUAAGGUAUGUGAUAUAAUUAUUGAUAGUGACAAUAAUGACUCAACCUAAUUAUCUUGAUUUUUUAUCACGUAAUAUCAGAAAAACUCUCACAAGCUAUUAAUCCACUUCAUCUGAAUGUGAAAUGUACAACAUCAUAUUGAUCUUAUACUAGAAUUAAGCUUGCAUAACCUUUCACAUUAUAUGAUGACUCUAGAAGAAAAUCAAAUUCUCCCAAAACAAAUUGAAGAGUUAUUGAGUAAAUGAUUAAUAUGAGAAAAGUAUCAGUUCAUGCUCUGUGUCUACUCUACUUGUUUUAAAUAAAGAUAAAAGUUGGUGAUGUGUGUCAAUAGUAAAACUAUCAAUAAGAUAAUAGUUAGGUAUAGAUUUCAAAUUUCACGCCUAGAUGACAUGUUGGAUAUGUUUUGUGGUUUUAAAAUUUUCUCAAAAGUUAAUUUAAAGAGUAGAUAUCAUCAAAUCUGAAUUUAACUAGGAGAUGGGUGAAAAACUAUAUUUAAAACUAAGGUGGGUCUUUAUGAAUGGUUGGCCAUGCCUCUUGACUUAUCCAAUGUCCUCAGUACCUUUAUGAGAGUGAUGAAUCAGGUUCUAAAAUCUUUUAUUAGUAAAUUUAUUAUUAUUUAUUUUUCUGACAUUCUUAUUUAUAGUACUACAAAAGAAGAACACAUUAAACAUCUCAAAUCAAUAUUUAAAGUGUUACAACAAAAUAAAUUAUACAUUAACUUGAAAAAAUAUGACUUUAUGACUACUAAUUUGUUAUUCUUAGGAUAUGUUAUAAGUGCAAAUGUGAUCAAAGUAGAUGAAGAAAAGGUCAGAGUUAUCAAUGAUUAAUUAACAACAAUCACAAUUCAUCAAGUUCAAAACUUUCAUGAGUUGAUAUCAUUUUCUAGAAGAUUCAUUCAAAAUUUUAGCUUAAUAAUGUUCUUAGUUGUUAAAUGUAUGAAAAAAAUAGUUUUAAAUAGAUUGAUGAACCUAGUAAAAGUUUUACGAUGAUAAAAGAGAAAUUAUGUUCUACUCUUGUUUUAGCCCUAUCAAAUUUCGAUAAAGUUUUUGAAGUGGAAUGUGAUACAUCCAUAGUUGUCAUUAGAGGUGUAUUGUGACAAGAGGGUCGGCCAAUAGUAUUUUUCAGUGAAAAAAUUUCUAGGACAAAAAAAAAAAUUGACAACAUAGAAACUAGAAUUUUAUGUUGUGGUCCGUAUUUUACAAACAUGGAAACGUUGUUUGAUUCAAUGAGAGUUUAUUUUAUAUACUGAUGAUCAGGCUCUUAAAUCAAUCAAUAGUCAGACUUCUAUCAAGAAUAUAUGCUAGAUGAUCUCUUUCAUUCAACGUUUUACUUUCAUUAUUAAAUACAAGUUAAGGAAACUAAAUUGAGUUACAAAUACUCUUAGUAGAAAAAUAACAUGUUCAGUAAACCUGCAUGUUGAGAUCAUAGAAUUUGAUGAUCUCAAAUAAUUAUAUUCUUACGAUGAUGAUUUUUCUCAAUAAUAUAUGAUUUGUAUGUUAGGAAUAUCAACUAAAUAUUUUCACCUAUAACAUGGUUACUUCUUUUGAAAAACAUAAUUAUGCAUUCCUUUCAACUCUGUAAGGAAGAAAUUACUAUGAAAUUUACAAUCUUUAGGUUUAGCAAAACACCUUGGUGGAGACAAGAUCUUACAAUUAAUUGAAAAAUAGUAUCGUUGGCCCAAACUAAAGAAAGGUGUAGAAAAUUUUAUUCAUAAAUAUCAUAUUUGUCAAACCUACAAGGGACAAAGUUAAAUACUCGAUUAUUCACUUUAUUGUCGAUUCCACAAUAUUCAUGCACUAAUAUUUCUAUAGACAUUGUAUUAAGUCUACCGUAAACAUAGAGAGUAGUUGACUUAGUUUUUUUAGUGGUUGAUAGAUUAUCAAAAAUAACAUAUUUCAUUACAUGUAAAAAGACAAAUGAUGCAAGUCAAAUAAUAAAUUAUUUUUAAAAUUAUAUAUAUCAAAGAUUCUAAAUUAUUUUUAAAUUCGUCUACAUAGAAUUCUUGAGUCAAUUAUCUAUAACAAAGAUUCUAAGUUAUAUCUCACUUCUAGUGAAUUCUUUGAAAAAGGUUUGACACAUUUUUAAAAGUCAAUAGUACUAGUCACCCAUAAAUUGACAACCAAAUUAGAGUUAUGACUAUAACUCUUGACAAUUUGAUUCAUUUUAUUUCAAGAAAAAAGUCAAAAUAAUGAGAUUAUCUUUUUGCUCAAGUAGAGUUUGCUUAUAAUUUGAUGAUUAAUCAUUUAACUAACCAAUCUGUAUUUUCAGUAGUAUAUUAUUUUUCUCCAAGAAUUCUAUUUGAUUUGUUACAAGUACAAAGAUCAGUUGAAACUAAUAUUACUACAAAUAAUAUGGUAGAUCAUAUCAAAACAUUUCAUGAAGGUGUGAUCACAAUCUCACAAUAAAUUGAAAAAGAAAGAAAAUAUUUAAAGUUAGAGACAAAGUGAUGAUGUACCUUUGCAAAGAACAUUUUCAACAAGUAGUUACAACAAGUUGAGGCCGAAGAAAUAUGAACUAUAUCAAAUUUUACGAAAGAUUGAUGACAAUACAUACCUCAUUGAGCUCCCACCUAACAUGACUAUUUCAUCCACAUUCAAUAUCAGUGACAUAUAUGUGUAUUAUGAUAAUUCAAAUGAAGACUCGAGGGUGAGUUUUCUUGAAAAAGAGAGACUAAUAUAGCCCAAGACACAAUUUGAAGUCUCAACUUCAAAUUUGGGCCCACUUAGCCUAAAUUUAGGCUAUAAAGUGAAAAGUGUUAAAAAGGGAACCCACAUAUGUCACAAGUGGGCUAAAGGUCUGAAAAUAAUAUUUUUUUACGACUUUAUGUCAUUUAACUUUUAGAAGACACUUUGUCUCUUUCCUUCUAGAAGGGACUUUAAUGUGAUUCAAUUUUUUCCUAAAAUUUAUUCAAAAUCUCUAACUGUCAGAGUCUGUUGACAAAACUCCUCAUCAACUAUAUUAACUUGAUGUGUCUCGCCAUAAAUCUGAUUCAAAUUUUUAUACUUCAUAGUGUCACCUAAGAUCUGCUUAGAAUCUCUACUUGUUAGAAUUUGUACCCAAGAUCUAUUCAAUAUAUUUAUUUGUCAUAGUCUAUUCCAGGUCAUCUCAAAGUUAAAGUAUUUUCAAAAUAUUUGUCCAAGAUCUUAGUCUACCAUAGUCUGUUUUAAGUCAUUUCAAAGCUAGUCAAACUUUGUACUUAAGAUUUGUAAGGAUCCUCUUUUUGGGAAAGCCUCACUUCCUUUCUAGGCCUAUAUAACCUAAGGUCCUUACUCUUUAGUUGAAUCAUUUUUUUCUACUAUGAGAACCUUUCCCUCUUGCUUGUGAAUUCAAGCACCCUCUUAUAGAUUCAAGGGUAAAAGACUUCAAAUCUGUAAAUUCAGAGGUUGAUUUCUUCCCUAAGAUUGAAACUUUGUGGAUUCAAGUCCAGAUCUUAUUUAUCUUCCAUGUUACUAUUGCAUUAUAG